AUGUCACCAGAUUAUGUAGAUAUUGUAAAACACUGUCUCACAUCAGGAUACCUAAUGUGGAAAGAUGAGUUCUAUGUGCAGGUUGAUGGAGUAGCCAUGGGUUCUCCAGUGUCACCUAUAGUCGCUGACAUCUUCGUGGAGGACUUUGAGGAGAGAGCUCUGGCCAAUGCCCCGGUUAAACCUCGACUGUACAAGAGAUAUGUCGAUGACACAUUUGUAGUACUCCCCAAUGACAAAAUAUCUGCAUUUCUAGCACAUUUAAAUUCAAUACACAAUAACAUUAAAUAUACUGUUGAACAAGAGAACAAAAACUGUCAAAUUGUCGUGGUUAAAAUACAAUGUGUGGCCAAAUGGUCACACAUAAAAGAUUUCUUUGAAAUCGACAACAAAACCCCAAAUUUUGUGUUCGCUCCUGCUUUCACAAAGAAAUGCAAAACAAAAAAUGUGCGUCAAACUAGCUGCACAAGUUUUGAGCCACACAGUGGCAGCGGACUUUAUGCAAAGAUAGCUGAUGGCGCACUCAGUACAGAAGCUGCUAUUACUGCAAAUGUGAUAUCACAUAUGGACAAGCUUUUUGACGCCCUGAAUAGCGACUCAGCAGACUUGCGGCGAGGAGAAAUUUUCUCCACAAACUUGACAGCGAAAAGCCCACACCACAAAUUAUUUCAGAGUAUGAAAUAUUUUUUGAAAACAUUGAAAUUUAUGGGGUCUCUGCGAACACCCCCACAGGAAGGUUGGAUUUGGACCAUUAAUGGCGUCGAGCGGCUGUUUAAGCAAUUCGCUAACGAGGGUAUAAAGAGCCGGGUCACAAGACGGUUACAGCAAGAUCCAUUAGAAAAUUUGUUUGGCUGCAUAAGGGGCAACUGUGGCUCAAAUUCCAACCCAACUGUGGGCACAUAUUGGGACCACAGGAUGUAA